UGCUGCUCUCGCUGUCAGACACUCUCCUCUCGUGGAGUGGAAAUCAACAGUGUUUAAUUCAGUUCAGUUGUCAGGGCUGCUUCAGUGCGUGGCACACCAAUCCUCCGGUGUGGACGGGACACCUCAGACAGGUCCCUGACUCUGGGACCAAAAUCUCCAUCCAUAAUGAGGCGUGGGGCCCACUUGGCGUAUUUGGAGAUUAAACUCUAAAGAGUGCCGGGAUUCGAAUCAGGAGGUGUUCACGCAGAAGGACGGUUCGUGGCAACAUGCGUGCGCUCCUCUCAGAGAGAACAUGAUGGGAUUUUGGCUUCUGUAGGGACUUGCAGUCAGCUUUUCUUCACUUUUAUGAAUCAUUACCGAGGAAUCUGUUGGAUAAACAUCUGUUUGAAGCUGUUUUCCAAGUGAUUACUUCUUUCGGAGUUGUGUACAUAAAGGAUGUAAGACAAGAACCUGCACAGUAAACAUUUAAAAGACUGCACAUCAACAGCUGCUUAUGUCAACAAGUGCUUCCAAAUUCUUUAAACACAUAUAUAUAUAUAUAUAUAUAUAUAUAUAUAUAUAUGUGUGUGUGUGUGUGUGUGUGUGUGUGUGUGUGUGUGUAUUUUAAUGAGUGAUAGUUUGCAGGUGUUUUGAGAUGGUUGGCAUAUCCUUCAAUUAUUCGUUUUUGUGUGAAAGUGUAAUGCUGGCUGGGAGAACAGCGAAUGGGUUUCUAUUCGCAGCGCUCAUUGUUUAAGGCUGGUUGCUCAUCACCGUACACAUUGAGAGGACAUUUUUCCAUAUUUAUUUUUUUCCACACUCCUUCCACUCCAUUUUUGAGGCUGGUUACUUCAACAGUGCAGAUUGCGAGAACAUUAUCUCCCUCUUUUCCUGUUUUGGCAAAAAGUCUCCAAAGUUGAAUGCAGUAUGAGGAUAUUUGGACAUUUUUACACCUUUGGCAUCCCUGGAUUUCUGGAGGAUCCUGUAACUGAGGAAUGCAGUGCAUAUCCUGGACGAGCCUCUGAUUUUUCAUAAAUAGAAACUACAGCACUCCUUUACUCUUCUAAAGAGAAAGGGUUGGAAUAUUGAUCAAUGCCAUUUUUACCCAGAGGUCAGCUGAACAGACGUGCUGUGGAGUCUGGAUAAGCCGGGCAGACGGGACUCAAUGCUUCUCCUCAUUCUAAGAUGAAGUUAUGGAAGUUUGCUGCCAUCGGCCUGAUUCUCUGUGGUGCUGCACUUCCUUUGCUCGUCCUUAAGACCGCUCCCUCUUCCCGAGCCCCGCCCCCUCCUCCCCACCGCAGAGCUUCAUCCUCAUCACUUUCACCUUCAUCAUCUUCAUUCACAACAAGCAAUUCGUCUACGGUUGUGGCAGGUCGGCGGCAACGGAGGGUCAGAUCAGCUGACGGAGGAAACUCUCUCGUAUCAGAAUUCAUGAAGAUGUUCCAGAGCUUCACAGAGGGCGAGCUGAAGCAGGUCAUUGGGACACUGGUGGAAAGAAAAGCCCGCAGAGAUGCCCAGAAGAUCAAGAGGACUAAACGGGCAAAAAAGCGAUCCAAACCCUGCUCGCUACAGGAGGUGGAGGUGACGGUCAGACAGCUGGGGUUGGGAUACGAGAGUGAAGAGACUAUACUCUUCCAUUACUGCAGCGGAAAGUGCACAACUAGCCGCAAAAACUAUGACCUGGCGCUGGCGAAACUGAAGCACUCGCAACUGCUAACAAGGGAACAGAAGGACAAAGCGCGCCACAGCCCCUGCUGUCGACCCACCGCAUAUGAGGAGGACAUCUCCUUCCUCGAUAACUUCAACAAAUACCACACAAUCCAAGAGUUUUCAGCCAAAGCAUGUGGAUGUGUCUGACGUUGAGGGU